AUGGGUCCAAAAAACCCCUCUACCGAGCCAAGUAAUUCAGGAUGUCGGCUUCAGGCUGGUAUAUUGCAACAAUUUGUCCCAGCUUGAAAAGAAAUUAAUAGUGACCAUGACGUCUUAGACUGGGUUGAGCACUGUCACAUUGAAUUUAUGGACAAUGCACCGCCAAUUCAGUAUGGUGGUUUGUCGGAGCAUCAAAUUCAACGACAAAGAAUCAGCUAUCAUUGGUGCAGAAAUUGCCAAACUCCUGGACAAAGGGGUUGUUGUGGAGUCAGCUCCUUCAGAGGGAGAUUCUAUCUCUCCUGUUUUCUAAGGCUUAAAAAGAAUGGGAUAGAUUACAGGAUGAUUCUUAAUUUGAAAGAGCUUAACAAAUUUGUGGCCUAUCAACACUUUAAAAUGGAUUCACUUAAAUGUGUCACAAGCCUAAUGACCCAAGGAUGCUAUAUGGCCUCAGUGGACACAAGGGAUGCCUACUACACCGUGCCAGUAGCUCUAGAGAACCAAAAAUAUUUAAAAUUUACAUGGAGGGACAAAUUGUAUCAAUAUACUUGCCUAACUAAUGGCUUAGCAUCAGCGCCAAGAAUCUUUACUAAGCUCUUAAAAACUGUGUUCAAGGUACUCAGACAAAAAAGACCAUUUAUCUUUGUCAUAAAUGCAUAUAGAUGACUGCUAUCUUUAAGGUGACUCAUUUGCCAAAUGUCAUGUUAAUGUUCAAGACACUACUUUGCUCUUUGAGGAACUAGUAUUCCCGUACAUCAUGAAAAAUAAGUGCUUGUAUCAGCACAGAUACUGACAUUCUUGGGUUUUGUACUGAAUUCAGUCAUCAUGACUGUACAGUUAACUACAGAACGUAAGGAAAAACUUAACAAUGCCUGCCAAAAAUUGGUCGGAAAGGAAACUUGUACAAUUCAAAAUCUAGCAGAGGUUAUAGGGUUGAUAGUGUCAAGUCUUGCUUAAUUGGUACCUACAUAACAGAAUGUGUAAAUACAUAACAAAAUACAGAAUGGACGAAUGGAAUCUACAAUGCCAAAUAGAGAGGACAUAAUACCAAUUGUGGAGUCUAAAAGAUCAUAAUAGAACAGCAUAAUACAAUAUCUCAUUUUGGCGGUAAUCACCCCUCAUACCAAAGAAGGCGUUGAUACUUCAAUUUACAAACCGCAUAGUGUUAGGUCAGCUGCCACCUCUAAAGCUAAGGUGAACAAUGCUUCACUCCAGGACAUUAUGAAAACUGAAGGCUGGAGCUCGGCUGCUACCUUUGCAAGGCUUUGUGAUAAAGAGAUCAACUCAGGCUCAUCCUUUGCUACAAGUGUUUUGAGUUGCAAAUAA